AUGAGGGAUUUGCACUUGGAAAAUGUUCUUCUCCAAACGAUUUUUAAAUUAAGAGCCUUGCCAAAUAACUCAUUGCGGCACAUUCCACGAAACACUUUCAAGAAUAUGAAGAAUCUGGAUAUUAUAAAUCUGGAAAUGAAUUCAAUUUCAGGGAAUUUUUACCUUCCUCCAAGCCUUUCUAUACUUAAACUCGAACACAACCUAAUAUCAAUUGCGGAUGUAAGGGUCAUUCUCAAAGGACUAACACGGCUUCGGAAACUAUACCUUAAUUCAAAUCCACUUGGACCAUCUCUGCCAGCAGAUAUCUUUGCUGUUUUUAACGAUAUGAAAUAUCUUUCCAUGGAAAAUUGCGACUUGGAGAAUAUACAAAAUGGAACUUUUCGGUCGAUGCAACAAUUACAAGACCUUACACUGUCUAAUAAUAAGCUGACACAUAUAGACAAGGGUACAUUGGAAGGACUUACGGAUAACCUCGCUAAUUUGGUCCUUGAUCACAACAGACUGAAGACGAUAGGUGAUGGAACUUUCAAGCAAUUUAUCUCUCUCGAAAUAUG